GCAUUUCACCCUGGAGAAAGAAUGUUGGCAAAGAUCUCUGCCACAUGGAAACUGCUCUUAAAACUGUUGGGCCCUGAAAUUUUAUUCAACAGUCUGAAAUCAAUCCACAGCUUUCCUCAUUCACCCUCCCACUUGGGGCUAAUGCACAGGCAUGAACAUCUAUUGAGGAAAACCACAAAAAACUUCAAAACAGCUAUAACGGGAAAAAAGAGUUUUGUCCCACAGUCAGCAGGACACUAGUUUAUUAACUUCCAGUCACCUUGAUUUUUGCCAAAAUGAAGAUUCUGCAGUCUACACUUCUGCUAUUACUGUUUGUUCCUCUGAUAAAGCCAGCACCACCAACUCAGCAGGACUCACGCAUUAUCUAUGAUUAUGGAACAGAUAAUUUUGAAGAUACCAUAUUUAGUCAAGAUUAUGAGGAAAAAUACCUGGAUGGAAAAAAUAUUAAGAAAAAGGAAACUGUAGUAAUACCUGACAAGAAAAGUCUUCAAUUACAAAAAGAUGAGAGUGUAACACCAUUAACCCCCAAGAAAGAAAAUGAUGAAAUGCCCACAUGCCUACUGUGUGUUUGUUUAAGUGGCUCUGUAUACUGCGAAGAAGUCGACAUUGAAGCUGUACCACCCUUGCCAAAGGAAUCAGCCUAUCUUUACGCACGAUUCAACAAAAUUAAAAAGCUAACUGCCAACGAUUUUGCAGACAUACCUAACUUAAGAAGACUUGAUUUUACGGGAAAUUUGAUACAAGACAUAGAAGAUGGUACUUUUUCCAAACUUUCUCUAUUAGAAGAACUUUCACUUGCUGAAAAUCGACUACUAAAACUUCCAGUUCUUCCACCCAAGCUCACUUUAUUUAAUGCAAAACACAACAAAAUCAAGAGCAGAGGAAUCAAAGCAAAUGCAUUCAAAAAAUUGAGUAACCUCUCUUUCCUCUACUUGGAUCACAAUGCCUUGGAAUCUGUGCCUCUUAAUUUACCAGAAAGUCUACGUGUGAUUCAUCUUCAGUUUAACAACAUAACUUCAAUUACAGAUGAUACAUUCUGCAAGGCUAAUGACACCCGUUACAUUCGGGACCGCAUUGAAGAGAUACGCCUUGAAGGCAAUCCAAUCAUCCUGGGAAAGCAUCCAAACAGUUUUAUUUGCUUAAAAAGAUUACCCAUAGGGUCAUACAUUUAACCUGCAUCAAUACAACAUAAAGCUAAACUACAUAUAUACUUAUAAUCUGUCUCAAAAAUGUCUAAAGGAACGUUAAGUAUUGUUUGAUAUUAACUUUGUAUCUCAUUAUGAAGGAAUCUGAUGUUUUAAGCAAGGAUGUUUAAAAAAAUCUUACAUAUAAUAAGCAAAAAGCUUGAAUCUCUAAGUUAAAAACAAUGUGAAAAUAUUUAAACAACAUUACAAAACCCUUCCAGUAUAUACUAGACUAUCAUUUAAAAGGCAUGUUUUUAUAUAGAUACCAAAAUUUGAGGUACAUUAAUCACAUUACUAAUUAUCAUUAGUAAUUAGUAAUUAGGAUAGGUCCAAAAAACUUUCAACUCUGUCUUUCCUGGCCUUUACUGUAUCCCUAAAGCAUUUAAGGCAGAUGUCCUAAAAACUUUGAAAAGCUAAAUAUUUCCAGUGAUCUCCCAUUUUUCUUUUAUGAUUCAUACAUGAUUGCUAAUGAAGUAGGAACUUUGCUUUCUUCCUAUCAAGGCUAUUUUAUAUUUUCACUUAGCCUGAGAAACAGGGUAUAGUCUCAUACUGAAGCAAAAUUUUCCAAAUAAAGUAGAAUUUUACUCUCUGAUAAAGACCUAUUAUAGAAAUGUUAAAAGUUAUUCUGUGUUGUGGUCACAAAGCUUACUAAAAUAGUAAAACAUUUUCUUUUAUCUAAAUAUUAACAUUCUAAGUCUACCAUAAAACAUUUUAGAAAUGCCAAGUAUUCACUCUGAGUUUGAAUCAAGACUAAAAAAGUUAAGCAGGCCAAAGCCAGUAGGCUUAUUUAAAAAAAAAAUCAAAACCUUAUUCAUCUCUGAGAGGAUAACCAUAAGGUUCUCCAUUGUAAAGGUUUUCAAACAUAACUGCAAAAAAUUUCUUUUUAUAUUAUAAGAAUGAGAAUCUCAUCAAUGACUUUGUCCAAACAUAAGAAAUGAAAACAAACUAUUCUGUGGUGUUACUAUACACCACCUUCCCACCCAUAUACACUCAUGUUCAAUGUAACAAACUGAAUAUUGACAAUAGAGCGUCUGAGUAACAUUUUCUAAACACUCAUGAUGAACUGAUAUGGUUAAUGGUGAGAAUCUAAUCUUAAAUCGAAUAGUGAUAAUUUAUGAUGACCCAAUGCUGCCAGAUUAAAGUUCCUAAAAUAACUUUCCUCCUGCCUUACCCCACUCAAAAUUUUGUCUUAGUCUACACAUUGCUUUGAAUACAAAAUAAUCAGUUUUAGAAACAUGAGUCUGAACUGUUUAUAUAAGAGAACCAACAUAAUUUCUAUUAUAAAUGAUACAUUGUAAUCAUGCUGUCUCUGUAUACUAUACCUAGAAUACCUAAUUAUCUCAUUUUUAAAAGCAUUUGCUUCUAUUUUUCCCCUACCAAGAAUGAUAUUAUAUAUGUUUUUUAAUCAUUCCAUUUGUCAAGGUUGAUUCCAAGAUAAAAAUUUUCAUUGAAGUAUCUGAAAUCUCUUAAGACCAAAAGUAUUACUUUAACAAUGAUUAUUAUUUUGGUAACUACCGAUCAUAACUAUGAUACUGCUUUCUUAUUAUUGUGUGUGCAUGCUUCAUUUCCCUGUUACUGAAAGCUCACUGAGAGCACUGAGCACAGCUUUAUACUUUAUGCUUUUAAAGUGCCUAGCACAAUAGUGGGCACAUUUAAACUGAAUAUACAAUAAAUACUGCAAAAUAAAAUCCAUCUAAAUAAAAAGUUUGUUUCAUUUGGAAAAUUGAAUCUUUAAACUAUCAAAAUCUUAAAUAAAUCCAUAAGAAAAAAA